GAAUCGGGAGGCCCCCGCCCCAGCUCCCCGGCGGGCCUGGGGCGGCGCGGCCGCCCCCCAUCACGGCACCCGCCGCCCGCCGAGGCGAGGCCGCAGCCCGCCCCACAGGCGGGCCCGGGGAGGGCGGGCGGCGACCAUGGAAACGGAGCGCACGCGGGGCGCCCCUCCUUCCCGCCGGGUUGCCGCGGCCGCCGCCAUGAUGCUGUUGGGCCGCGGGCUGGACGCCAGGGACAAUCAGACUAGACAAAUACAAGAUGCUGUUUCAAACGUGGAAAAACAUUUUGGUGAAUUGUGCCAAAUAUUUGCUGGAUAUGUACGUAAAACUGCCAGACUACGAGACAAAGCAGAUCUUCUAGUAAAUGAAAUAUAUGCAUAUGCAGCCACAGAGACACCAAACUUAAAAGUUGGACUGAAAAACUUUGCAGAUGAAUUUUCCAGACUUCAGGAUUAUCGCCAGGCAGAGGUUGACAGACUUGAAGCCAAGGUUGUUGAACCUCUGAAAAGUUAUGGGACCAUAGUGAAACUUAAAAGGGAUGAUCUUAAAGCAACUUUAACAGCAAAGAACCGAGAAGCCAAGCAAUUAACUCAGCUGGAAAAGACACGUCAGCGGAAUCCUUCAGAUCGACACAUUAUUUCACAGGCUGAAAGUGAAUUGCAGAGAGCUUCACUGGAUGCAACUCGAACAACUCGACAAUUAGAGGAAACCAUUGAUAAUUUUGAGAAACAGAAAAUAAAGGACAUCAAAAACAUAUUUUCUGAAUUUAUAACUAUUGAAAUGUUAUUUCAUGGGAAAGCCUUAGAGAUAUAUACUGCUGCCUACCAAAAUAUCCAAAAUAUUGAUGAAAAUGAAGAUUUAGAGGUUUUUCGGAGCUCACUUUAUCCACCAGACUAUCAGUCUCGCUUAGACAUAGUUCGCGCAAAUUCAAAGUCCCCCCUGCAAAGAACUGGCUCCUUGAAGUCUUCAUUGAGGACAGUACAGAUUUCCAGUGCUAUACUAAGAAAAGAUGAAGAAGAAGAAGAAGAGGAAGAUGAAGAUGAAGAAGAGGAAGAGGAGGAGGAAUUAGAUGCUACUAAGGAAGUGAGAUAACAAAACUGUUUUAAGAGUCUCUUUUUUUUUCAUUGGGGGGGAAAGAAUAUUUCCCUUUACGUAAAGGUUUUUGUAUGUUAAUCAAAAACUUCACUAUGGCUGUAUUUUUAAAAUUCCAACAGGAUCAAGAAUUGGCACUAAUACUGGAGUGCCAGACAACAAAUGACCAGUUUCAAAGAACAGAACAAUAUCUGCUGAAAAAGGACAAUUUCAAUAGCUAGAAAAUGAAAUAUUUAAAUAGAAUCCUGUAUUAUAUUUGCAUAGUUGUUGUAUUGCAGUCACAUUUGCUUAAACUUGAUGAAGUGUCCAAAAACUGCACUAAGCUGACAAGCAGUUAUGAACAUAAGGGUUUGCUUGUUACUUUGCCAAUAUAUUACCCUAUUCUUUAGCUACACACCUCAGAUUUACUAAAUCCUCUAGCUAUACCUGUCACAACUGGUUUUAUACAUUCUAAAGUAACUGUAGUACUCAAAAAACUGAUUACAGCAACAAUCCUGUUAGAUUCCAUUUUGUUACCCACCUUGGAUGGCAGAAGGCAGGGUGAGGUGUAUUGUGUUCUCAUUCUUGUUUUCCUCAGGCUUGACUAAGAUGACUUUUGAUUCCUUUACGCAGAGUGAAUAUUCACAGAUAAGGACCUAGCCCAAUAUCUACUUUUAAUGCUGCUUUGCUUUUAAAUAAAAGUGCCUUCAUAAUAGUUGAUAUUUUAUAGCUGACAUUUAUUAUAUUAGUUGACGUGCUAUAUAUAGUUCAAAUUUCAUGUGUUUAACUGGUUGAUUCAGUUACCAAUUCCAUCAAGCAAACAAGAAAUUACAUAUUUUGAGUGUAAUUUAACCUGUUUGAAGACAGUGGUUAUGCAUGUUCAUUUUUGAACAGCAUACAAUUGUCUGCCAGAGAGCUGCUACCAUACUGUUUAUCUCCAGCUUUACUAUCUACUAAAGAAAGAAGGCAUGUAUAAAUCUAGAAUUUAAACUUGUAGCUGGGAAAACAAUCUUACAUUAUAACCAAAUAUUCUUUCAGUUACAGAAAUAAACCAGGAAGUGCAUUUUUAA